AUGAAUUUGAAAAUAUUGCAAUUCCUAACAAUUUUCUAUUUUCUCAGAAAGAUUUGCUCAAUCCAAUAUCGUAAUCGACUAGAUUUUCCGCCAAUUUGUCAAAACAAAGAAUAUUUCGAGACAUUUGAAAAGACUUUGGUUAUAUUUAUGCUGGAUAGGCGGGACAGUGCGAUUUUUGUGAGUUUUCGGGGGACAGGAUAAUUUGAUUCUCAAGGUUCGGUUGCUUGAGAAACAUGCUUUCUAGGCGCUGCUCCUAGACAAUUAGGUACUCUAGGCUCGGCUGCUUGAGAAACAUGCUCCCAAGGCUCGGCUCCUUGACAAUCAAAUUUGCAAGGCUCGCCUGCUUGACAUAGAAGCCCUCAAGGCUUGGCUACUUGAGACACAUGCUCUCAAGGCUCGGCUCCUUGACAAUCAAAUUUUCUAGGCUCGGCUACUUGACACACAAGCCCUCAAAGCUUGGCUGCUUGAAACCUAAGAGUUCUAGGCGCUGCUCCUUGCUAGUAUCGAUCUCUAGGCGUGUAUACUUGAGAAAAUGGUUCUCUAGGCUCGGCUACUUGACAAUCAAAUUUUCAAGGCUUGCCUGCUUAACAUAGAAGCUCACAAGGCUUAGCUACUUGAAACCUAAUAGUUCUAGUCGCAGGACCAAUCCAAUUUUUCUCCAGAAUUCCGAACUCAGCUACAUGUUCAAAUUGUUCACAUGUAUUUUCCCGGAAGAUAAUUUUUUCUACGACAUUAUCGAUUAUUCUUCACAAUCAGAUUGGCAACAACCAUUUCCAAAAAUGAAACGCAGAAGAAGAACACAAUCACUACAUCAACUUUACUACUUUGACCCUUAUACGGAACCGGAAAGUGUUUCAAAAAUCGAUAGGAUUAUUGAAGCGCUUAAGUAUUUUAAUGAAAAACGAAAGGAGGUUAGGAAGAAGUUUAAUGUUAUAAUUUAUAUCCCAUUUAUUGCACCGCUUUUGGUUCCAAAUUCAACUUCAAAUUCAAAUUCAACACAUUACAUUUACAAUUAUUCAUCGAUAAAUAUUCUGGAAAAUCGAUUGGAAUCCCUUAAAAAUCCCAAAAACACGACAUUUUAUCGAAUUUUAAAAUUUGAGAAAUACAAUGAAACGAUUAUUCCAUUCGUGGAGCUUCCAAUGGGAUUUUGUGAGUUUUUAAAAAAAAAUUUAACAGACGUUAUUCUUAAUAUUGGAAAUGGCUCUGUACAAAAUGACACAUGGUGGCCAAUAAAUUGGGAAUCGAUUUUUUAAAAGUACCACCCUUAAAAAGUAUAUUCCACAUAAUAACUCGACCUGAAACUGAUUCUCUAAUUUAGGGUAACUCGGUUUAUGUAAGAGGGUCGAAAACUUCAAAUGGUCGUAACUAGGCUUAAACUCAAUAUUUUUUGAUGAGUAAAAAAGCAUUUUGCUCGUCUCGGUGAGCUCUUGCUUAUUGAGUGAAGACCCAAAAACGAAAAUCACUCUCAACUUCUAUCCACAAACACCCCAUUUUGAAAAUCUUUUCAGAGGCUUUAGUGCACUCUCUAACCGCAAAAAUAAGAUUCGCCGUGAUUUUUUAGGUAGGUAUCGAUCAAAAUAAAAAUUUUAAACCUUGGCCCAAGUCGAGUUUUAUGGCCCUGAAAAGAUUUGAUCUAUUGCGCGCGCACACACGCGCGCGCACAUGUGUGUGUGCAUGUGUGUGGGUUACUGUAGUUUUUUUAUUUUUUUAUUUUUCAUCUUUUUUGUUCAAAAAUUGUCAGAUACUGUUUUUUGAGAAAUAUGAGGUUCUAAGCUAACGAUUUGCAGCUAGAAUUUUGACUGAAAAUCGAAAAUUUCAAAAUUUUCAGCAUGAAAAAGCUGAAAUUAGGCUAAAAAUGGGCUAAAAAUUGAAAAUUUUGAUUUCGGUCUCAAAUUUUCAGAAAUGCUUAGGGCAGUUGAGAAAAACAUCUGAAAUUCAAAAUUUCAAAAUUUUCAGCAUGAAAAAGCUGAAAUUAGGCUGGAAAAGGGCUGAAAAUCAAACAUUUUGAUUUUCAUCACAAAUUUUUUGAAAUGGUUAGGGAAGUUGUGAGAAGCAUCUGAAAGUCAAAAAAUUCAACCUAUUCCCAGCUUUUCUGAAAAGUUAUAACUUUUCAGAAGGCCGCCAACCGAUUCUGAAAGUUUGAGCUCAAUCACACAAUUUUCGAUAUGAAGGAGCUUCUUGAGAACAUUUCAAUCAGAAAAAGACCUGGAGUGCGUGAGUUGCUCCUUGACAUUCACGCUCUCAAGGCUUUGCACCUGGAUAUUCACUCGCUCGAGGCGUGGCUACUUUACAGACAAAAUAAGUUCUCUAACAAAAAGCCACACUUCGUGAGCUUGUCUUAUGAUCCCAAUUCGCAAAGAGACACAGAUUGCCAAGACGCAGCGGCUUGAAGGCUCAUCCAACUAGGAGCCCCGUCUUGCCUAUCAUUCUGUCAUGGAGCAACGCUUUCAGAACGUGAAAGGCUCAUCUAAAAAUGUUCAAUUUUCAGCCUGUUUUCAAGUUUCCCUGACUAAAAAUUUCGAAAUUUUGAAUUUCAGAUGUUUUUCUCAACUGCCCUAAGCAUUUCUGAAAAUUUGAGACCGAAAUCAAAAUUUUCAAUUUUUAGCCCAUUUUUAGCCUAAUUUCAGCUUUUUCAUGCUGAAAAUUUUGAAAUUUUCGAUUUUCAGUCAAAAUUCUAGCUGCAAAUCGUUAGCUUAGAACCUCAUAUUUCUCAAAAAACAGUAUCUGACAAUUUUUGAACAAAAAAGAUGAAAAAUAAAAAAAUAAAAAAACUACAGUAACCCACACACAUGCACACACACAUGUGCGCGCGCGUGUGUGCGCGCGCAAUAGAUCAAAUCUUUUCAGGGCCAUAAAACUCGACUUGGGCCAAGGUUUAAAAUUUUUAUUUUGAUCGAUACCUACCUAAAAAAUCACGGCGAAUCUUAUUUUUGCGGUUAGAGAGUGCACUAAAGCCUCUGAAAAGAUUUUCAAAAUGGGGUGUUUGUGGAUAGAAGUUGAGAGUGAUUUUCGUUUUUGGGUCUUCACUCAAUAAGCAAGAGCUCACCGAGACGAGCAAAAUGCUUUUUUACUCAUCAAAAAAUAUUGAGUUUAAGCCUAGUUACGACCAUUUGAAGUUUUCGACCCUCUUACAUAAACCGAGUUACCCUAAAUUAGAGAAUCAGUUUCAGGUCGAGUUAUUAUGUGGAAUAUACUUUUUAAGGGUGGUACUUUUAAAAAAUCGAUUCCCAAUUUAUUGGCCACCAUGUGUCAUUUUGUACAGAGCUAUGUGUGGAAAUUUCCUUUCUUACAAAUAAUGUCUGUUAAGAGACGUUUUUUGCAAAAUGGUGAAUUUUAAUGAAGGAGCUCGGACAACAAAAAAGGGUGUAAUUUUAGAAUCGGCUCAAAUUUUUUUUAUUGAUACAUGGAUGGAUGGUGAACAUUUUCCACCAUAUUUUUUUCCAUAAAAUCGAUGCACCAAUUUGGUGGGGGGUGAUGAAUGCGAAAAAGGGCAUUUUUUCAAAAAAUCAGAACUCAGCUCAAACUUCAUUAUUUUUGAUGAUCAAAAAAGGAUUUUGUAGCUCUUGAGACGCUCUUUACUCCUGAAUUUACUAGAAUUGCCGAAAUCCAAAAAGAAAUUUUCAAUAUUGAUGGAAAAAUUUUGACGCUAAUUUUCCCCCCUUAAACGCCAUUUCCGCAAUUUCUAACUCGAUCCAUUAGAUCCGCCUUGCAAUUUUACGUCGGAUUAGUCGAAAAAAACGGAAAAAAAGGGGGCCCUCAAAAAAGUUCUAUUCCAGCUUCUAAUUUUCAUUCUGACGCGCGCAACACACAUGUGUGUAUUUUGUGUACGCAUGCUCCCACAUAUGUGUGUUGUGUGUUUGGUGCUUGAAAUAUACAAGGGUACUGUAGUGUGUGUAGUUUUUUUUGUAUUUUAAUUGUAGAUUUAGCAUCUGGGGAGGUAAGAAAAACCCCGGAGGAUUUUUACAUGCAAAAAUGUUUUUCCUGGGUGUGGACCUUUUUGAGAAUUUUUUGGUUCUGAACUUUGAAAAAUUGUAACUUUACUUAUAGUGGACGAAAAAAAUCGAACAUAAAAGCUAAACAAAGCUUACAUUUCGCUCUAUGAAUUAAGCUAAUGGACAGUUCUAUGAACUGGAAAAAUUGUUGUAACAAACUAAUUUUUUUGACGUACAAAAUUCGAAAUUUUCAAAAAAAAAAAGAGGAAAAUUCGAAACAUGGUUUUAUAAAUUGAAAAUUGGUGAGAGUGAGGUAGACGCAGAAUCAGUUUAAAAAAAAGAAAAAAUCCAUAAUUUUUGAAACCCAUGUUGCUGCACAUUGCCUGAAAGUUCAAGAAUGUAUUUUCAAAAAUCAAGCUGAAUGCUUUUUCACAAGUUCUAGACCAGCAAUUUUUACUGUAGAUCACACUGUAUUUUUUCUUGCCAGUUCUGAGAGACGCAGACUUUAACGUGGGCAGACAAAUCUCUCGCCGAAAAAGGGAGAGAAAUAGUGUGUGGCAGACACACAUCGUGUCGAGACCAGCCUCUUUCUCUCUCUGUCUGCGUCUCCUCGGAAUUGCAUUUUUCUAUCAGAAAAAAACACAGUGAUCACGCAGGACUCCAAUACACACCUCGGCCAAGCCGUGGCUGGCCAGAGUACAAUUUUUGGAAAAAUCAGAAUUUCAGUUUUUAGAGGACAAAAACUGAAAAAUUCACAAUUUUUGUACUGUAAAAAGUUAGCGUACAAUUUUUAUUGUGGAAACCACGAUUUUGGCCGAGGUGUGCUCUUUUCGUACAACAAAUAUGUCUUCAAGACUUGACAUAAAAUCUAUCAAGACGCAGUACCAAGUGAAAGUUCUUCAGGCAACUUUGCUAGACAUAUCAGCUCUUCUGGUGCUGAUAGAAAUCGCGUACACUUCAUUUUUGAUUCCCUGAAACUUCUCCCAAAAAUUAUUUUUUAGAUAAUAUUUGUCAUGUUGUGAGGAAUCUAUCCAGUGAACUUUUUUCACGUUUUUAACUUUACUUAAAAUUGCAGCCUGCAGAAAACACAUUUCUGUUUAUUUUUGCAAGAGAAAAGCAUAAAAUGAAAAUAUUUCGAAUUUUCCUCUUUUUUUUUUGAAAAUUUCGAAUUUUGUACGUCAAAAAAAUUAGUUUGUUACAACAAUUUUUCCAGUUCAUAGAACUGUCCAUUAGCUUAAUUCAUAGAGCGAAAUGUAAGCUUUGUUUAGCUUUUAUGUUCGAUUUUUUUCGUCCACUAUAAGUAAAGUUACAAUUUUUCAAAGUUCAGAACCAAAAAAAUUCUCAAAAAAGGUCCACACCCAGGAAAAACAUUUUUGCAUGUAAAAAUCCUCCGGGGUUUUUCUUACCUCCCCAGAUGCUAAAUCUACAAUUAAAAUACAAAAAAAACUACACACACUACAGUACCCUUGUAUAUUUCAAGCACCAAACACACAACACACAUAUGUGGGAGCAUGCGUACACAAAAUACACACAUGUGUGUUGCGCGCGUCAGAAUGAAAAUUAGAAGCUGGAAUAGAACUUUUUUGAGGGCCCCCUUUUUUUCCGUUUUUUUCGACUAAUCCGACGUAAAAUUGCAAGGCGGAUCUAAUGGAUCGAGUUAGAAAUUGCGGAAAUGGCGUUUAAGGGGGGAAAAAUAGCGUCAAAAUUUUUCCAUCAAUAUUGAAAAUUUCUUUUUGGAUUUCGGCAAUUCUAGUAAAUUCAGGAGUAAAGAGCGUCUCAAGAGCUACAAAAUCCUUUUUUGAUCAUCAAAAAUAAUGAAGUUUGAGCUGAGUUCUGAUUUUUUGAAAAAAUGCCCUUUUUCGCAUUCAUCACCCCCCACCAAAUUGGUGCAUCGAUUUUAUGGAAAAAAAUAUGGUGGAAAAUGUUCACCAUCCAUCCAUGUAUCAAUAAAAAAAAUUUGAGCCGAUUCUAAAAUUACACCCUUUUUUGUUGUCCGACCCUAUUUGUCUUUUUGCAAAAAACGUCUCUUAAAUUGUUUCCAUAGAAAUUUUUUUUUUGAUUUUCAGAUGACCUAUUGCCCCGGAAAAAGAUUGAUGAGAUUGGUGAAAAAUUGUGGGUUCCCUAUAUUUAAAAAUUUGAAAAAAAUGAAAUUUUCAGCGCGGUUCCAUACAUCUUGAAACCUAUGCCUACGGUUAUCCACCAUCACUACCACCAAAAAUCCACCUACAUCUACCCAGAAGAUCGUGUAAAUCCCUCAAAUAACUCCUGGAAAUCCGCAUUUUGUAUCUCAAUUGGAAUCGGCACAUUUCUCCUGGUGAUUUUCACAAUUUUCGCCUCAUUUUAUAUCAAAAAAUUGGGAAAAUUGAUCGAAAAUCGAUUGAUGGAACAAGGAGAAAAUCAGAAGAAAAUAUCGGAGAAAAAAAGCGAGGAAAAUGUGGGGAAAAUUCGAAAGAAACCGUCGAAAACUAAGAAAAUUGCGGCGAAAAAGAGAAAAACUAUAUUAGAUGUUGAUAUUUGA